GUUGCUCGUCCCGCUUUUUUUACGAUCGAUGGUAUAUUUUUUUUCUUUUUGAGCUUUGCCCUCGGUGUAAAAAUCCGAAGCCGAACACUUUUUCUCACGUUCCUCGCCGUAGACAUUAUUUAAGCUUGUCCUUCGCCUUUUUUUUCUUUCUCUCCCUCCUCACUUUUACUCGCAAGACGAACGUUGUCGAGCAAGACUAGGAAUUUUACAAGCAGCAUCGCCCCACAGAAACCACUAAGGAAACCAGAACAAAACAAUGGCUACCAAUUACACGCCUACCUCACACAAGGCCAUUAAUCAGGUCCACCGCCUCAAGGACCGCGCCCGAUACGACGCUGAAUCCAUUCAUAAGAUCCUUGACAACAACCUGCUCGCUCAUGUUGGAUUCACGCUGCCCCCUGGUGCGGCUGAUGAGGAUGACUGGCCCUUUGUGAUGCCCAUGUGCUACGGACGUAUCGACGACAUCGUCUAUCUUCACGGAUAUGUCAGUGGACGCAUGAUGAAGGCUUUGGCCUCUGACACUCUCCCUAAAGUCUGCAUCACCGUCUCACAAGUCGAUGCCCUGGUCGUCGCCAUGUCUCCCUUCCACAACUCGAUGAACUACAAAUCCGCCGUCGUCUUUGGCCACGGCCGCCUCGUCGAAGAUCCCGAAGAAAAAGAUCGUGCCCUCGCUGCAAUCACCAAUCAACCCUUCCGCCAUGCCGACCUCUACAACGACUCCCGACUCCCCAACGCUAUCGAUCUCAAGUCCACAAAGGUGAUUGCCGUCCAAAUCGAACGUGCCUCUGCCAAGAUGAGGACCGGUGGUGUGAGUGAUGAUGUCAAGGACAAGGAGGAUCCAGAGCUGUUGAAGAAGCAUUUCUCAGGCAUUAUUCCUAUGAAGACUGUGUUUGGAGCUCCGGAGCCGACGGACUAUAACAUUGCGGACACGCCUGCGUACUUGCAUCCUGAGGCCAUGAACAAGGAGAACUAAGUGGAGAGGGCUCGCUGGAUUAGACCGAGGGUUCUGCAAGAAAGAGAUAGAUACAGAUACCAAAGCAAUGCAAUUUUUUAUAAGUUCCAAGAGUGGCGUCCAUUUGUUU